CCCGAGCGGGGUCGGGGGAGGGGGCAGCAUGGCCUGUCCGUCCGGCCCCCUCCGCCGCCGCCGCUCUCCUCCUCUGCCCCGCGCCGAGCGCCGCCGCCGCCGCCGCUCCACUCGCCCUGCCGCCCGCCGCGGGUCCCGAUGGAGACAGACGCGCCUCAGCCCGGCCUCGCCUCCCCGGACUCGCCGCACGACCCCUGCAAGAUGUUCAUCGGGGGACUUAGCUGGCAGACCACGCAGGAGGGCCUACGGGAGUACUUCGGCCAAUUCGGGGAAGUGAAGGAGUGUCUGGUGAUGCGGGACCCACUGACCAAGAGAUCCAGGGGGUUUGGUUUCGUCACUUUCGUGGACCAGGCAGGGGUGGAUAAGGUAUUGGCCCAAUCCAGACACGAGCUGGACUCCAAAACGAUUGAUCCCAAGGUUGCAUUUCCUCGCCGAGCUCAGCCCAAGAUGGUGACUCGGACCAAGAAGAUCUUUGUCGGGGGGCUGUCCGUGAACACCACAGUGGAAGAUGUGAAACAAUAUUUUGAACAGUUUGGGAAGGUGGAUGAUGCCAUGCUAAUGUUUGACAAAACCACCAAUCGACACCGAGGGUUUGGGUUUGUCACAUUUGAGAGUGAGGACAUUGUGGAGAAAGUAUGUGAGAUUCACUUCCACGAGAUCAACAACAAGAUGGUAGAAUGUAAGAAAGCCCAACCAAAGGAGGUGAUGUCGCCCACAGGCUCUGCCAGGGGGAGGUCCCGAGUCAUGCCCUAUGGGAUGGAUGCUUUUAUGCUGGGGAUUGGCAUGUUGGGUUAUCCAGGUUUCCAGGCUGCAACCUAUGCCAGCCGGAGUUACACAGGCAUUGCACCUGGCUAUACCUACCAGUUCCCCGAAUUCCGUGUAGAGCGGACCCCUCUCCCGAGCGCCCCCGUCCUCCCUGAGCUCACAGCAAUCCCACUCACUGCUUACGGACCAAUGGCCGCAGCAGCCGCCGCAGCUGCUGUUGUCCGAGGGACAGGAUCUCACCCCUGGGCGCUGGCUCCCCCUCCAGGUUCGACACCUAGCCGUACAGGGGGCUUCCUGGGCACCACGAGCCCCGGCCCAUGGCCGAGCUCUAUGGGGGCGGCCAACCAAGAUUCUGGGGUCAGCAGCUACAUCAGCGCUGCCAGCCCUGCCCCCAGCACUGGCUUCGGCCACAGCCUUGGGGGUCCCUUGAUUGCAACAGCUUUCACCAAUGGGUACCACUGAGUCAGGGGACCAAGGAGGCAGGAGAGCCCUCAUCGGCAGCUGCCUGAGGACAGUGAGCUGCAGGACCAGCAGAAGCAAAGGGGAAAGGGGAAGGAGGCUCGGUCCAUCACCCCGUCCCCUGGCCAAGCUGCACACUGCCUGCAGACUGACGGGCUCCCCGCCUGCCCCCGCCCCCCUCCCCCCCUCUGCCUCCCACCUCCCCCCAUGGACAUCAUCUCACUGCCCUUACUAACCUCCCCCUGCUCCCCGCCUCCCUCGGCUUCUAUUUAUUUUGGAGUAGAUGGUAGCCUCCUGAUUUUCUCCCGUUGGGUUUGCACCCCUUCCCUUUCUUUCUCUCUCUUCGCCCCAUGCUUUAGGUCUCCCGAAAUGGCUCAUGUGCUUGUGUUAGCUAGAAUGAUGGCGGGAAGACGGGCAGGGUCCACUGCAGGGGGGCCCGGGCCUCCCUCCUGCCUUCGUUUUAUUGUUUAAUUUUUUAAAAUUCUAAUCUUUCUUUCCUUUUUUCUUUUUCUUUUUGAUCAAAGAGAGAGAGAGAGAGAGAGAGAGAGAGAGAGAGAGAGAGAGAGAGAAAGAAACAUUUUUAAAAUUGUUUCUUGGUUUGUGAAUGUGAAGCUCCGGGCUGCAGGGUGGGGGCCAGGGGUGCCCGCACUCGACGAGAGAACACGUGUAUAUUUUGGUCUGUGGCAGCCCAGGUUGAGGCUGAGCAGGGCUGGGCUGGGGGGGGUCAGGUGAAGCCCUGGAGAUCUGUCUCCUGUAUGAUAUUGUAAAUACUUUGAGGUGAAGCCCCCACCCCUCCCUGUAUUCCUUGCCAGGGUGGGGGAGGGGCCUCACCUCACCCCACUCCAUGGGCCCCUCUGUGAACCCCUCCCCUCCCCCCACAUGGUUACUGUAAGAUUUUUGUUAGGGCCUCCACUUGGACUGGGAAAGGGAGGUACCCUCUCUCUCGCCCUGGAACCCAGGGGGACUCCUAUGGGCUACCGCCCCCACUCCUGCCCCAAGCCCCAACUUCAGAUGGAAGGGAGGGGGGCUUACCACCUUACCACAUUUGAAAGGAAUUAACUCUCCAAAGGGUCUUCCCCCACCCCCACCCCCUCAAUAGGCUGGACCCUCAUGUUUCCUGCCCUGGGCUCACCAUGGGGAGGUCGGUGUUAGAAGGGGUAAGGGUGGGUGACCCCAGGGGCAAGCGAAGGGCUUCUCAGGGAUCCCCCACAUUCUUUCACAGCAGCCUCCCACCUGGACAGGCCACUCGGCCAUUCUCCCCAAGGUCAUGGUUGGAGCCCCUUGGCAGCCCUGUGGGCCUCCCCCUCCCCCCAACUCCCUCUCUGCCUCAGUGACCCCUCCAGCACCUGGACUAGGGAGAGAGGGUGGAUUUCAGGUCUGAUUUCUGUGAACCAAAGACCUGACUGGGGUGGGAGGACUGGAGGCUUGACGGUUGCUUCCUGCCCCUCCCCAACUCCCACCCCAGGGAGGUUGGACAGGUCCAAGGCUAGGGGUGUCCCACGUGCCCCUACCCCUCCUCGUCCCCCAGCUACCUUUGGAGAGUUAAUUAUCAGUGUGAGGUGCUUAACCUGUUAGUGCAGAGAACAUGAAGCAAUAAUCUUUGUUACUGAGACGCGCGGCUGUAUGUCUUUUUUUUAAAAAAAUAUUUCCUAAUAAAAGAGAAGCUACAUUUUAUUGGUUUUUAUUUUUAUUUUCUACACGUCUGAGGGAGCCCCUGAGUGGUUCUACCUCCCCCCUCCCCAUCCUUCCCCACCCCCAUCCUCUUUGUUCCCCUCUCCUCCUUAGGGCUUGGGGCUGGGGCCGGAACUCUGUUCUGUGAUUCAUUCCUGGUUUUUUUUAAAGAUGUUAAGUGGUGUUUUGAAACCAGUAAAUUUGCCACUCCCUGGUAUCUGUUCUCUCCACAUCUGUAACCCUCUUUCCAAGAUUUUUCAGUUUUAAAUUCCUAAUAAAUUAUUUGAAAACGG